AUGCCUCAUUACAUGUACGUGGCGGUUCAGGGAGACAACAAGAUAUCGGUCUUUACCGUAGACCCCCAAACUGGCGAUUUGACUCCUCAGGCUGAUGUAUCCGUUCCCGGCGGGCCGUUCACCAUGGCGAUCAGUCCCGAUAGCCGGUACCUGUAUGCCGGGUGCCGGGAAGUCCAACAGAUAGUCAGCUUCCAGAUUGACCAGGCCAAUGGCGGGCUCACACAGAACGGGUCGGUUGGCGUGGAAGCAUGGCCCACCUACAUUGCUACUGACCGCAAGGGCAAGUUCGUCCUGUCGGCCUAUUACCAGGGCGCCCACGUGGGAGUGCAUCCCAUCGGGGACGACGGUUCGGUGGGCGGCGCACCCAUCGAGUGGCUGGAAACGGCCACCGGCGCCCACGCCAUGCAAACCGACCCGACCAACACCUACGCUUUCGUUCCCCAUAUCGCCGGCAAUGGCCCCAACUCUAUCUAUCAGUUCCGGUUCGACGAGAACACCGGCCACAUUUCCUACAACACGCCUCCGUCAGUGGAACCGGUGGCGUUUUCAGGUCCUCGACAUUUCUGCUUCCACCCCUCGCUGGACGUCCUUUACUUUUCCGACGAACAGGGGUGCAGCGUUACCGGGUAUCGCCUGGAUACGGCGCAAGGAACCCUGGCCGAAUUCCAGACCGUUACCACUAUUCCAGAAGGUUUUAACGAGCGGAACACCUGCUCCCAGAUUCAGGUUGCUGCCUCCGGCAGGUUCCUGUUCGCUCCCAACCGGGGACACGACAGCAUUGCCUGCUUUACGGUUGAUACCGCUUCGGGUGAGUUGUCAUCCAACGGGAUCGUUCCCUCUGAGGCCCGACCUAACGCGUUGUGCCUGGGCCCUGGUGACCGGUUCAUCUACUCGGCCGGCCAGGAUUCCGGCCAGAUGGCGAUCUUCAGCGUCGACCAGCAAUCCGGUGAGUUGAGCCGGGCGGGGACGCUACCGUUGGGAAAUGGCCCGGGCUGGAUUUCCGUCACUGAGUUGCCGGGUUAG